GGAAAGAAAGAAAACUUCCCUUUUGACUUCUCCCUUCACUCUCUCACUUGCUCUAGUACUACUCUUCACUCUCCACUGUGUGUAACUACACACAUACUGUGUGUGUGUAUCUAUCUGUAUCUAUACAUAUGGGGAGAUCUCCGUGCUGUGAGAAAGAGCACACAAACAAAGGCGCGUGGACGAAAGAAGAAGACGAACGUCUCAUCAGCUAUGUCAAACAACACGGCGAAGGCUGCUGGAGGUCCCUUCCCAAAUCUGCAGGUUUGCUUAGAUGCGGCAAGAGUUGCAGGCUCCGGUGGAUAAACUACCUCCGCCCUGAUCUCAAGAGAGGAAAUUUCACCCGAGAAGAGGAUGACGUCAUCAUCAAUCUCCAUAGCUUGCUCGGAAACAAAUGGUCGUUAAUAGCUGCGCGGUUGCCGGGAAGAACGGACAAUGAAAUAAAGAACUACUGGAACACACACAUCAAAAGAAAACUCAUCGGCAGAGGAAUCGAUCCCCAAAACCACAAACCCGUUACGACGAAACCAGCCGCCGCCGCCAUUAACGCACCUCGCGAAGAAGAAAACCCUAAAACUGGGUUUCCAGCUUCCAUGCAAAACGACGACGUUCCCAUGAUGGCGGCAAUGGUCGGUGGUGCUUUUAGGGUUGUUAUUGCAGCCGGUGCCGAGGAAUUAUCGAGCAGCAGCAGCAGCAGUGGUUUGUCUGAAGAGAAGGAAUUGUUAUUGGUCCCGCAAAUCAACUUGGAGCUCUCCAUUAGCCCGCCCGUGUAGUUUGAUAUAUAUCCGCCAUUGUUGUCAGUUUUGAAGCAGCUGAGAUGAUGAAGAUAUGAGUUUUAGGUGUUUCAGAUGGUUUGACCUAUAUAUAUAUAUAUAUAUAUAUAUAUAUAUAUAUAUAUAUAUAUAUAUAUUUACGUGUAUGAAGAGAUUUUAUAGAGGCUUGAUGAGUCGUCUAUGGUAUGAAAUUUUCAUUGGG